GACGCAUGCACAGUCUCUUUCCUCGGCCUCUAGUCUUUCAGGCGUUGGAAGGUUGUCCGCUGCUCUUCUUUUCAACAACCGUUUUACGCCCAAAAAAAAACCUCGGAGCGACGCAUUUGACACUUUAUUCGCGUAAGAAAGGCCACCGCGACAUACUGUUGCAGAUGUCCAGUCGGCCGUGCUCCUCGUCUCUACCUCCAAGUCACCUUUGCCUCUGCGUCGCAUGACCUCAUCACACUGUGGGCCCUCCGCCUCCCUCCCCUCCCCUCUCCACACCAUCACCGCUGCUCAUUUUAAACCUCCACAAACCCCACCCAACCCCCUAUCUCCACCCUUGGACCUAGACACCUCCACCUUCCACAGGGGAGGUGUUCAAACCCAUAAAACGUUGUACAAAUUUGCACAUUUCUGAAGUUUUCCUGGUUGUUUUUGAGUCCGGUUUUCGCGCCGGCCGAGUGAAUCCUGUCAAAACUGGGGCGUGAUUCGUGGGAUGCAACCAUGACGGAGGUGGUGGAGCCCCGGGCAGUGAAUUCGGACUACGCAGUGUCGCUCCUCGAGCAGCUCAAGUUCUUCUACGAGCAGAAGUUGCUUACAGAUGUGGUGCUUCUGGUGGAGGACUCUGAAUUCCCCUGUCACAAAAUGGUGCUGGCCACGUGCAGCUCUUACUUCAGAGCCAUGUUCAUGAGUGGUCUGAGUGAGAGUAAACAGACUCAUGUCCAUCUGAGGAACGUGGAUCCAGUGACACUGCAGAUCAUCAUCACAUACGCUUAUACUGGGAACCUGGCCAUAACAGACAGCACCGUAGAGCCGCUGUACGAGACCGCAUGCUUUCUACAGGUGGAGGACGUGUUGCUCCAGUGUCGCGACUACCUGGUGAAGAAAAUCAACGCUGAAAACUGUGUCCGAAUGCUGAGUUUCGGGGACCUUUUUAGCUGCAGCGAACUUAAACAAAGCGCCAAACGAAUGGUUGAACACAAAUUCCCUCUGGUUUACCGCCAAGACGCGUUUCUACAACUGUCCCACGAACUCCUCAUCGACAUCCUGAGCAGCGAUAACCUCAACGUGGAGAAGGAGGAGACUGUACGCGAGGCCGCCAUGUUGUGGUUAGAAUAUAACAUGGAGGCACGAUCUCAACAUUUGUCGUCAGUUUUGAGUCAAAUUCGGAUCGACGCGUUGUCCGAAGUUACACAAAGGGCGUGGUUUCAAGGUUUACCGCCCAAUGAUAAGUCCGUGGUGGUCCAAGGGUUGUACAAAUCAAUGCCAAAAUUUUUCAAACCACGCCUGGGAAUGACCAAAGAGGAAAUGUUGAUAUUUAUGGAAGCUUUGUCCGAAACGCAAAGCGAAGCAAUUGUAAUGUCCAAUUUGAUCCCCACUACCGUCGUCUGCUACAGCCCGCAAGCGGAGAAAGUCUACAAGCUUUGCAACCCACCUGGAAAUUUGCAGAAAGUUGGGACUGUAGUUACGCCAGAUAACGACAUCUUCAUCGCUGGUGGACAAAUCCCACUCAACAACUCCAUCACAAAUUACGGAAAGAGCGGAAAACUCCAAGCAGUUUUCCAUUCAGUCAAUAGCUUCUUCUGGUUUGAUGCGCAGCAAAACGAGUGGGCUCCCAAGACGCCGAUGCUUUGCGCUAGGAUAAAACCGUCUCUGGUGUAUUGUGAUGGCUGCAUUUACGCGAUUGGCGGCGAUAAUGUUAGUGGUGAGUUGAACAAGCGAACCGUGGAGAGGUAUGAUUGUGAGAAAGAUGAUUGGACGAUGGUUAGCCCGCUGCCUUUCGCGUGGAAUUGGAGCACGUCGGUUGUUGCUAACGAUUGUAUUUACGUCAUGACUCACGAUUUGAUGUACUGCUACUUCCCAAGAGCUGACACCUGGGUGGAGAUGGCUAUGCGCAAAACUAGCCGCUGUUUCGCCUCCGCUGGAGCUUUUGGCGAUUUGAUUUUUUACAUUGGAGGUUUACAUGUUGUUAGCAACUCCGGGAUACGUUUACCGACCAGCACCCUUGACGGUUCAUCCGUUACAGUUGAGAUUUAUGACAUCAACAAGAAUGAAUGGAGAUCAGCCGCUAAUAUACCCGCUAAACGCUACUCCGAUCCUUGUGUCAGGGCUGUUGUUUUGCUAAAUUCGCUUUGUAUCUUCAUGAGGGAGACUCACAUGAACGAACGGGCAAAAUAUGCGAUUUACCAAUACGAUGUGGAAUUGGAUCGCUGGUUUCUACGGCAACCUGUCUCGGAACGUGUGCUGUGGGACUUGGGCAGAGACUUCCGUUGCGCAGUUGGAAAGUUGUACCCCUCAUGCUUGGCGGAAUCUACCUGGAAACCGCCGACAUAUUUGUUCUCACCAGAUGGCGCUGAAGAGUUCGAAGUUGACGGAGAGUUGGUGUCUCUGCCUCAGUACAACUCGUAAUUUCAAAAUGCAAAAACCAAUAAAAGAUUUUGCUUUGGGGCGACUGUGGGGACUUUUUCGAAAGCCAAACUAUACCAAGCAAGUUCACGGUCCUUCCUUCAAAUAUUCUGUGUCAUCAGAACUGUUAAUCUGGAUUGUUGUGGUGGCAAUGCACUUAAAAUGGUUGUAUUGACAAACUGAAAAAAACGGAACCAAAAUCUACGCCCGAAAUGAAAAAAAAAAACAACCCAAAUUUCAUCUGUGACUGUGGCUUCUACCUUCAACUCAUUCACCUGCUCUGCUCUUAAGAUGUUGCAUUAGUCUAGAUGUAAAUGGACCUAUUUGAAUGGUUUCCAAUGCAAGUAAACACAAUAUUGCUGCUAAGAUUACAUUAGAUUAGCAAUAUACGUUCAAAAAAAUCAGGAUAAUUUCUAAAGCAUUUGAGAGAAAACUGAAAUAUGAACUGAUAAACUAAAACAAGAAUCCCAUGCAUUUCAGAACAUGUUUGAAGAGUUCUAAACUACAGGGUUAGCAGCUUUUAUUCUAAACAUAUGACUUAAGUAAUUGCUGUUGGGAAUUCUUAAAGGGCCUGUGCCAGAUUUCCCCAUGUAUUUGAGUCAAUAUUAUGUAUUCGUGUCUUGCCCCAGAACAGAUGUAUUGUAUAAGCAGCUCUUGAGGUCAAAUUAAGUCCUCUGUGUGCUGUCUGCAUCUAAGUAUAGUGUUUUAUUGUCUGAUAAUCAGGAUGUGCUGUUGGCAUGCUAGUUGUUGUUAGCUUUACCAUGAUGGCAAACUCUGGUCUGGUCUCUGAAAGUUGUGAUAAGUGCUUAUAAACUCAUCAUGGUGAAUAAUUAGGAUGCUCUGAAUGCAUACGGUCAGUGAGGAAUAACUUUGGACCACUGCAAACCAUUUAAAAUGAACUAGUUAUUUUUUCACAUUUUUAAAACUGCAAAAAUCAGCUACAAUGCCUUUAAUUAUGAUAUGCAAUUUGAAAUCUGGUUGUGGUUUGUUUUCCAGUCUUAGUUUGUACAUUGCAUUGGAGUCCAUUCAAACCUGCCUACUAGAAUCACUUUGGUAGUUUCUGUAUCUCUUGAACGGGACUAAUCCUGUCCCUGUACUUUCUUGGACCAUCAGCUGUGGAUGUGGAGUUGUCAGAUUAAAAACUGAUAUUAGUGCAUAAUAAGCGGUUAAGUUGUAAACGGCUGGUCCGAUUACACAUCUGUAUCGUCAUUUUCACUGAUAUCACCUCAUUUAAAACUCCAGUCCACGGCACCAUGUACUCUAAGCCUUUUGUCAUAUGCACUUAGGUCUUCCACACAACCGGAUAGUCAACCUCAGUACUGCCAUGUUGGAAAUGCCACAACAUACUUUCCUGGUUCAGACCUGGUUCAGACCUGGUUCAGACCUGGUUCAGACCUGGUUCAGACCUGGUUCCUGUUGGGCCUGGGUCAGUCCUUCAGUUCUGUACCACAACUAGACAAGACCUAGUUUAGUUCUUGUUUGGACCCCCUUCAAGAUCCAGCCUGCAGUUGUCAGUAUCAGAGGAGCUUUUGUCCUGAUUCAGAUGUAGUCUAGACCUGGCUCAGAUCUGGUUUAUUCCUGGUUCAGAUCCAGUUUAGUCCUGGUUCAGAUCUGGCUUAGUCCUGGGUUCUCUUGGCAGCUCUUGGAAUUUAAUAAAACACUUGUUAAUUCUCUGCAUGGUUUCAAAUUAGUAAAUCCAGUGAAAUCAGUGUAAUGAAGGUGGGAGAAGUUACUGAAUGUAGCUUUAACUCAACUAUCUCUUAUGCAGUUUUUGACAGAGCAUUUAUAGUGGCAUUUCCAACAUGGCUUCUGUUUGGUCCAUGUCGUUUCUACAGAAAACCUCAACAGUCCACUCGCAUGUUUUAUUUCCCAUGCUGCUGACCUAGUUAACUAUAUAAGAACUAAGAUAUAAAUAUAUUUUUCAUAUGUUUAAAAUGUGUCUGACGCAGAGAAUUAAUAAUAACCAGGUCUAUUUUGUAGCGGUUUUUAUUUAAUAUUCAAGACUUUACUGUAGUAGUCACUCAUGGGUAGGUUUCCAUUUAAAAAAAAUACAGGAAAACAGGUGGAAAUUCUCGCUGCUGAUUGGUCGGUUUUGUGAGAAUGGGCCGGAUAUUCUAAAAAGGGCGGGGCGUGCUGUACCUUAAAGAAACAGGAGCACAGGUGCUUCAUGGCAGACAUUUUGAGCAUGUUUUUGGCUGCAUUAUAUUCCUUUGGCACUGUAUUUUGAAUGAACGUUAAUUUAUUAAAAAAUGUUUCGAACGUUCCUAAA